AAAGGAGCAUUUCACUACUUGCCACCAUUGCAGCCGGACGCAGAAUUCGUAUUAGCUUUGGUUAAUUCAAGAAUAUAUUUCUAAUAAAUUUCUUUAAAUUUAUAUUUUACUUAGGAUAAACGGUGUGUCUUAAAAUAUUUUAGGAUUGUCUCCUAGCAACAGAAAUUAUAUCUGUCUUCAAUAUCUUUUUAAAGCAAUACAUCUUUUAACAGAUAUCCUAAAGCCAGACAGAUUGUUCACUUUGUAAUCAACCAUGAAACUGAUAUUACAUUUUGCUGUUAUAUGCUUAGCAUUUGCUACAACCUGUUUCACAGGUCCUGAGACUGCUGCAGAUGCCAAGCCCAUUCCUGGAUGUGCUUCAAACACAGAGUGUCCACAAGGAAGAAGAAUUUCCAGACAUGUGCAGGGUCAGCCUGAGCCACGAAGUGAAUCAAGCGACUCGGACGUGGACGAUGAUUCAUUAGACUCAAACUCGGGCAAAGGUUCAUCAGACUCGGACUCUGGUAAAGAUUCAUCAGACUUGGACUCUGGUAAAGAUUCAUCAGACUCGGACUCUUGUAAAGAUUCAUCUGACUUAAACCCAGACAGGUGUAGUACAGACCCUUGUAGGAAUAAUGGUACAUGUGUAGAGGGUGCAGACAAUUACACAUGCAGUUGUACUGAUGGUUUCAGAGGCAGAAACUGUGAAGAAGCAGCAUGUCAAGAAGGAUGGUUCUUUUUCAAUGGUAGCUGUUAUUAUCUUGGUGACAUGAACUUAGAUUGGCUAUCUGCUGUUGCUGCCUGCAAUGAAAGUGGUGCAUAUCUUGCAGAGAUCCAGAGUCAACAAGAACUAGAUUUUUUGGUUACAAUAACUGAUUUGUAUGACCUUUUUUGGAUUGGACUAAACGAUAGGAAGAUUGAGGGUGAAUUUGUUUGGCAUAAAUCAGGGGACCCACUGUCUUUCGUCAAUCCGGCAUAUUCUUUCUCCGGCUCGUUUCCUAAUCUCGACUGUGUUACCACCGUCGAACUCUACACUGGCGUCAACUACCAUUUUUGGUUCACUGACAAAUGUAGCUUGCUUAAUUUAUAUAUCUGUGAAAAGGAACCAAUGCAUUAGCAGAGGAAGAUGUUAACCUUGAAGGACGAAAACAGGAAAAUUUGAAAGAUUUUAAUAUGUCAGUGGACUCAAACAUUUUUCUGGCAUUUUUAAAUGGACUAAACAUCUUUGUUGAAAGUUACUAUGUAUUUUUUUUAAUUCGAUGUAAAUGAGAUGUGAAACCUAAAUUUGUAGUCCUGUUUGGCGCGAUAUAACCUAUACUGUGUUGGUGCGCCAUAAAACCAAAAUAAAUAAUUUUUUUUUUUUUUUUUUUUGAAAAAAAUAAUUCAGUUCUUUAUUCCAUAUUCUCAAUAAUAAAAGCAUUAAAUAAUAAAGAUGAUUGCCAUUUGUUUUGAAUAACAAGAGGGCCAU